GCGUGUGCGUCAGCGAGGGUUUCCUCUUGUACGCCAUCCUUCCGGGGUUAAGGGGAGAGGAUUGUACGGGAACGUGAUUGAUUUCGCCACUGGAGCGGUCCGGAGUCUUCGUUGGGCGGCCUAGCUUAGGAACAAACGCAACCUAGAGCUAUGGCUUCGUCGCCUCUCCAGACCUUCUGUUGACAUUUUCGGUGCUCGGGCCAUGUGGACCCUCGCGGGCCGGGGCUGCUGGCACAGACGCGUGCUCCUGCCGUGGGCCACAGCGGCCGCGCGACCCGGGCUGCCCAGGCCCCUGCCUAUACCCAGCCGGACUCCUGCGGGGUCGUGGGCUAGCGACAGGCUCUGCAGCUCUGUGGGGCUCAAGGAAAAACCAGACAUGUCUAGAUUUGCUGUUGAAGAUAUUAGGAAUUUUAGUAUCAUUGCACAUGUGGAUCAUGGCAAAAGUACUUUAGCUGACAGGCUGUUAGAACUAACAGGAACAAUUGAUAAGACAAAGAAUAAUAAGCAAGUUCUUGAUAAAUUGCAAGUGGAACGAGAAAGAGGAAUCACUGUUAAAGCACAGACAGCAUCUCUUUUUUACAAUUUUGAAGGAAAGGAAUACCUUUUAAAUCUUAUUGAUACACCAGGCCAUGUUGAUUUUAGUUAUGAAGUAUCCAGGUCACUUUCUGCUUGCCAAGGUGUUUUACUAGUGGUUGACGCAAAUGAGGGUAUUCAAGCCCAAACUGUAGCAAACUUCUUUCUUGCUUUUGAAGCACAGCUAUCAGUAAUUCCAGUUAUAAACAAGAUUGAUCUGAAGAAUGCAGAUCCUGAAAGGGUUGAAAAACAAAUUGAAAAAGUAUUUGAUAUUCCAAGUGAUGACUGUAUUAAGAUUUCUGCUAAACUUGGAACAAAUGUUGAAUAUGUUCUUCAGGCAGUUAUUGAAAGAAUACCCCCUCCUAAGGUGCAUCGCAGAAAUCCCCUGAGAGCUUUGGUGUUUGAUUCCACCUUUGACCAAUAUAGAGGUGUGAUAGCCAAUGUAGCAUUGUUUGAUGGAAUGGUUUCCAGAGGAGAUAAAAUUGUAUCGGCACAUACUCAAAAGACAUAUGAAGUUAAUGAAGUGGGAGUUCUGAAUCCUAGUGAGCAGCCAACUCUUAAAUUAUAUGCAGGACAGGUGGGCUAUUUGAUUGCUGGGAUGAAAGAUGUCACUGAAGCCCAAAUAGGAGAUACGUUGUAUUCACAUAAACAUCCAGUGGAGCCCUUACCUGGGUUUAAAUCAGCGAAACCAAUGGUAUUUGCAGGAAUGUACCCUAUAGAUCAGUCUGAAUAUAAUAACCUGAAGAGUGCCAUAGAAAAACUGACUUUAAAUGACUCCAGCGUGUCAGUACAUCGGGAUAGUAGUCUUGCCCUGGGUGCUGGCUGGAGGUUGGGAUUUCUUGGACUUCUGCAUAUGGAAGUUUUCAACCAGCGACUAGAGCAAGAAUAUAAUACUUCUGUUAUUUUGACAACACCUACUGUUCCAUAUAAAGCUGUUCUUUCAUCAGCAAAAUUGAUAAAGGAAUACAGAGAAAAAGAAAUCACAAUAAUCAACCCUGCACAAUUCCCUGACAAGUCAAAAGUAGCAGAAUACCUGGAGCCAGUUGUUCUGGGCACUAUUAUCACACCAGAUGAAUAUACUGGAAAAAUAAUGGCUCUUUGCCAGACCCGAAGAGCAGUUCAGAAACAUUUGAUGUUUAUUGAUCAAAAUAGAGUUAUGCUUAAAUAUCUCUUCCCUUUGAAUGAAAUUGUGGUAGAUUUUUAUGACUCUUUGAAAUCUCUGUCUUCUGGAUAUGCGAGCUUUGAUUAUGAAGAUGCAGGCUACCAGACUGCAGAACUUAUAAAAAUGGACAUUCUCCUGAAUGGAAAUAUUGUAGAGGAACUAGUAACUGUCGUACACAAAGACAAAGCAUACGCUGUUGGGAAAACCAUAUGUGAACGUCUAAAGGAUUCUCUUCCUAGGCAGCUGUUUGAGAUAGCAAUUCAAGCUGCUAUUGGAAGUAAAAUCAUUGCAAGAGAAACUGUGAAAGCCUAUAGGAAAAAUGUUUUGGCAAAAUGUUAUGGUGGUGAUAUUACCCGAAAAAUGAAACUUUUGAAGAGACAAACAGAAGGAAAAAAAAAGCUGAGGAAAAUUGGCAACAUCGAAGUCCCAAAAGAUACUUUUAUAAAAGUUUUAAAAACACAACCUAAUAAAUAAUU